AUGCGCAAGUUUGUGUUAUUGAGCGCGUUCUUUAGCCAAACAUUAGCGACGUGCUAUUACCCCAACGGUAUCAACGCAGCAAAAGACUACAAGUACGAACCAUGCGGCAACUCAACCACGACGUACUCUACAUGCUGCUACUUCGGCGAGGGCGACAAAUGUUUGGCAAACGGCUUGUGCAACCAGCCAGGAAAAUACGACUACCGCGCUGCUUGUCAGAACAAAGACUGGUCCAAUUGCCCAGAGGUUUGCAUGGACACGGAAUCCGGGACUUGGUUUCCACUGCAGAUGUGCGGAAAGAAUAAAUACUGCUGUCCUCCUGCAGACGGAAGCGAUUGUUGCGACAGUGGCGCUCAGAUCUAUACCCUCAAAGCACCCGAUCCCAAAUCAAGCACCAAGACGAGCGAUGCGACGAGUACUUUCCAAAGCGUAAUUCGCACAACCAUUAUACAGACUCCGGCCUCAACAGCAAAUCGAGGGGAUAGCUCGGUCAAAAAGUCCUCUACGCCUGCGAUUGUCGGAGGUACAGUCGGCGGUGUUUCGUUCAUCGGGUUCUUGUUCCUUGGAAUUUUCUGCGUCUACAAGCGACGCGAUCGUCCUGCGACUCCGCACGCGACUGCGGUGACUCCAGAGAAGAAGGAUGAUGCUUCAAGCGGCAAAGGCAAUGCCACGGUCGAGGUCUUGCCUCAAAUCGGCGUUGCGGAAGCGGAGGGGACGGAGGGUAACAGAUACACUGAAGUUGACUCGCGGGCUGUCAAUGGUACCCGUCCUUCACUUGCGUACCCUGAGGAAGAUGGAAUGCCACAGCCCGCCAAUGUUACACUCCCUCAGCAGCCAUAUCCUGAGAACGAUAAUAUGCCACGAGGUGCAAGGCCAGGGCAUGGUCUUCGGGAACAGGCAAUGGGAAGGGCAGGAAAUGCUUCGACUGAAGCAGACUCGAACCCUAUUUUACAUGCCGACUCCAACCCCAUCUUUCAUGCGGAUUCAAAUCCCAUUUUACAAGCUGAUUCCAAUCCGAUUAACGAGGCGCCGGAUGAUGCUUGGCUAUGCGCAGGUCUCGCCUUCGCAGUACCGCGGGUACUGGCCCAAAAAGACAACCUCGGACUUGACAAUGGCUACAUCGACAUCGAGACCAACAACUUCAAAGCACGCAUCGUUCGCGACGCUCAAGUUCUGGUAUCAUUGAUCUCAGAACAUGACACCUUUGACUUCUUGCCAUCUGAUCGAAUUGAUGUCCGCGCGCAGAAUGGACAGUAUCACUGGGGUGACGUCACGUAUAGAUAUCGCAAACAAGGUGUCUCAGCAUGGACUGACGGUGAUUCUGCUCAAAAGCGACAGCCUGUGAAGAACAUCAGUACUGGAACUGCUCUUGCAACAUCAAAUCUUGAUCCGACACUGCCCGAUAGUCCUCUCAACAUCACUCGCGAAUGGCUUGAUUAUCAAGAUGACCUAGGUCUACGCUUCACCAUCACUAACGAUGGGAAUGACACUAUUGAGCUCGGCAGCCUGGGGUUCCCAACUGAAUUCAACAGUAUCUUCACCGGCAGGACAGCCAAAGAGAUGCAAGCCAAAUGCUCUCUCGCAGAUCCCUACAUCGGCAUGGAUGCAGGCCACAUCCGUGUCGUCCCAGUCAAAGGCACUGGCAAUGGCCUCGUCGUCACGCCAUUGAACGGAACAAACACACCAAUGGAGGCUUACCGGGAUCUGAAAGAACCUUGGUUUGAGUCAACUGGUUAUGCAAGCCAGACCUUCGAAGGGUUCUACGAGUGGCAGGUUCUCACUAAGGCGUGGGCAGACAAUGAAUGGAAGAGCCAAGAGCCCUGGAACGCACCGACGUCCAAGAUGUUGAAGCCUGGCGAGUCUCUCAGGUUCGGUGUCCGGUUCACGAUAUCCGAAUCUAUUCGCGACUUUGACAACGCCAUCAAAGACACUGGAACACCUGUUGUAGUCGGUGUCCCUGGAUACACUAUCCCGAGAGACCUACCUGCCUCACUCUACCCUCUUAGCGAUAUUGGAAUCGCUUCACUCGAUGUCUCGCCGAAAGGCGCAUUUGAGAUCCAGGAAGCUGGGGAGCAUUAUGAGCUAAUCCCCUCAUCAUCUGCUUGGGGACGAGUUCGUGUCAGCAUCAAAUACAAUGAUGGCAAGGAGCAGACUGUCCACUAUUUCGUUACGAAGCCGACAUCAGAGACCCUAAAUGACCUCGGGAACUUCUUGACUACAGAGGCUUGGUUCAAUUCUACAUCAGACCCUUUCAAGAGAUCUCCAUCGGUCAUGACCUACGACUAUGAGAAGCGCAGAAUCGUUGAACAGGAUCCACGGGUCUGGAUUGCAGGCCUCAGUGAUGAAGGUGGCACCGGCGCUUAUGUCGCAGCCAUGCUCAAGCAGGUGGUUCAGCCAAAUGCUGAAGAGAUAGCCAAGCUAGACAAGUUCGUUCAAACCACGAUUUGGGGUGGAAUCCAAGGGAAAAACUACGGAGUGUACAAGUCACUUUUUUAUCAUGACUCUAAACUAAACUACACUUAUGACGCGGAUAGUGACUGGACUUCCUGGACGUCAUGGGAUAAGGGAGCUGCGGAGAGUGUCGAUCGUGCAUACAAUUAUGUUCACGUCGUGGUCGCUUACUGGUCCAUGUAUCGUGUCGCACGAGCAUAUCCCGAGCUAACAACCAAACCUUGGAACUGGUACUUGGAUCAGGCUCAAAAGACCAUUAUGCGAAUGUACCAGCAAGACGUGUCAUACAGAGACGUUGGUCUGAUGGGCGAGACGGUGUUUGGAGAAGUUUUGACGGACCUGAGGCGCGAGGUCAAGGGCACUCCAGCACAAGCUGUCGAGGACGCAAUGAAGGAGCGUGCUGUGCUCUGGGAUGCGCAAGAUAUCCCUUAUGGAAGCGAGAUGGCGUGGGACUCCACGGGCCAAGAAGGCGUUUACUACUGGACAAGACACUUUGGCUUCAACGAGUCGGCUCAAAAGACAGUCAACAGUGUACUGGGCUACACGCCGAACAUACCUCACUGGGGCUGGAACGGUAAUGCCCGUCGAUACUGGGACUUCAUUUAUGGAGGAAAGCUCCAGCGCAUCGAGAGACAGAUCCACCACUACGGCUCGGGUCUGAACUCUCAGGUCCUGCUCUCAGCAUUUCGUCAUAACCCCUCUGAUCCUUAUCUUCUCCGCGUUGGAUACGCCGGAUCAUAUGCGCCGCUCACCAACAUCAAUCAAGAUGGCUUUCCCAGUGCUGCGUUCCACUCACGACCAGAUACUCUCAAGUGGGAUGGUAUCACCGGUGAUUAUGGCGGUGGCCUCAUUGGUACAGUACUGAACUCUGGCACAUACGUCGUUGAUGACAAACAGCUUGGUAUGCUUGCCUUUGGGGGUACAAUCUCCAAGACUAGGGCACAGUAUCAUGUUGAACCGAAGGAUGCUGUAAGAAAGAGGAUAUUCAUUGGGCCUCUCAACGUUAUGGUUACUGUUGAUAUGGGAUCCAUUAUUAGCGUUACAUUCACCCCAGGGAAGGGUAUUGUCUACGUUAAGCUGGCACAGCGGGAAGGGUCCCCCAAGGUAGACAGAACCGUGGUAUGGGUUGAAUGGACGGAUGGAGAGGAAUGGGAACUCCUCGGGGCCUGGAAUUUCAUCGACAAGGCUGCUGCCAUUGAGAAGGGGCGAGGAGGAUGGAUCGUGCCGCUCGAUCACUUAAUGACCCUAACCUUUACCCACAAACUGCCACUGCCACUGCCGGGAACCGUUUGA